AUGGGGGGAGUGAUCGCCGACGAGAGGAGCACGAUGGUGGACAUCAAGGACCUUAGCUUCACCUUCCCAGGGAUCGAUGACCACUCACCACUGGCGUCGUCCCAACUUAUCGAUGGGUUUUCGCUCACCCUUGGUGGUAGAAAUCAUUGUCUUCUCGUCGGGUCCAAUGGUGCCUGGAAGAUGAUGAUUUUGAAGACUUUGGGAGGGAAUCAUAGGGUUGGGCUGGAGAUGGUUAGGGUUCUUGGGGGGUCUGCUUUUCAUGACACUGCUCUCACUUCUUCUGGCGAUCUCUCUUACCUUGGUGAAAAGUGGAGGAGAGAUGUUGACUUUGCUAGUUUUGAGGUGUCCAUAUAGAAGGAUGUCUCAGCAUAGAAAAUGAUUUAUGGAGUCACUGGCAUCGACCUCCAAAGGAGAGAUGGACUAAUUAAAGUUUUAGACAUUGAUCUAUCAUGGAGAAUGUAUAAAUCAUCAGAUGGUCAGCGGAGAAGGGUACAAAUAUGUAUGGGCCUUCUUAAACCAUUUGAGGUUCUUCUUCUUGAUGAGAUUACAGUCGAUCUAGAUGUGAUGGUUGGAGCCAACAUGUUGAAAUAUUUGUCAAAAGAAUGCGAGGAACGAGGAGCUACAAUAAUAUAUACUGCACAUAUAUUUGAUGGCCUUGAGAAUUGGCCCACUCAUAUAGUUUAUGUUGUACACGGGAAGUUGCAGUUAGCAUUGCCAAUUGAAGAAGUAAGGGAUAUUUUAAAAUUAUCUUUUGAUGAUUUGAGUAGUUCCUUGCAAGCACAUGAGGCAAGGUUUAAUCAAUUUACUGAAAAACAUAUAGGUAAAGCCUUUCUCAUGAGAGGUGCAUCAAGUGUUGGUGGGAAUUUCUUCAUAGAAAGAGGAAGGAGUUGUAAAGGAAAAGGCAGAGUGUUUGAUAGUCAAAGAGGUAGCAAUGUUGCUAAUUUAUGCAGAAUGAACCAAGACAGUAGUAUGAUACUAGAGUUAAUUCUUAGUAGUAAAGCAGAGGAAGUACAAGACAAUUUGGAAGGCAAGAAUUUUGAUGAAGGGCCCAACUCUUCUAAUGAUCAGAGUCCAAGUGACUAUGGAAGUUUGUUUAUGGUGCACAAUGGAGAGGAUGGUGACAAUUCUUCAACCUGGUUACUGGAUAGUGGUACUUCAAAUCACAUGAUAGGGAAGAAGGAAUUGUUUUAUUAA